AUGAGCGAAUUGGAGAAAUUGUACCACGAACGUCAGAAACGACAGUUUUGUCUUCUGCACGCCCUGAAUAAUUUGUUUCAAUGUGAAGAGUUUAAGAAAGAAGAGCUGGAUGGAAUAUGCGAAGAGUAAUAUUAUUGUUUUUGAUUUAUUGGUUUUAGAUUCGAUGACCGUGUUUGGUUUAACCCUCACCGAUCCUUCAUGGGGCUUGGCAAUUAUGACGUGAACAUAUUGCUCAAGUGUCUGGAGACACGAGGUUUGGAAGGAGUUUGGUUCGACCGACGAAAGCAAGGUUUUGCAUGUUAAUAUGGGCUUGGGAUUUAGUCAGAAGUAUAGUCUUGUUGAUAAACAGCAAAGAUUGUGAAAUUAUUGGCUGGUCUUUCCAAUCAUAAAGAAGAAUUUAUUUCAGAUCUGCCGUGGAUAUUAAUUGUGAUAAUGUCAUUGGAUUUGUUUUUAACAUCCCGUCGGACUCGUUUUUAAACCUUAUUGUACGAGGUAGACAUUGGGUAUGUAUUUUUUAUGCAUUUUUGAUAUAAAGUUAUGUUUUUAAUUUUUUAUAUCAACUAAUUGUUUUUUAUACUUUUUUUAGUUUUCCGUCAAGAAGAUUGGCAAUUUUUUUUACAAUUUGGAUUCGAAACAGCCCGAGCCCACGGUAAUCAACGACUUCAUACUUUUCACGAAUUCAGUGUUGUCAAAAGACACUCAGAAUCAGUUAUUUUUGGUUGUGAAGCCAGAAAACAGGGACAAUGUAUUUAUCUAA